UCCGCUCAUGCUGGGGAAGAAAAUUCUGGCGGAGUUUGUGAGUGGAGGGUAGACGUUGGGAGAUCACCCUCCUGCUCUACACCCCCCCCCCACCACCAUCCUGAAGCCUUUACAGAAGUUCAAAAAUAAACCUGCUGGAAAAAAAAGAAAAAAAACCAAACUUUAUUUAGAAGUGAAUCAUGAAAAGUUUGAAGUCACGGUUGAAGAAACACGAAGUGACUCUCAAUACAUCCGACUGGAACAAAUACGAUGAUCGGCUGUUGAAGGCUGUGGAAAAAGGAGAUGUGGACAAAGUUACAUCAGUUCUUGCCAAAAGAGGAAUUAUCUGUACUAAGUUGGAUGUGGAGGGCCGAUCAGCCUUCCAUGUUGCAGCAGCUAAAGGAGAUGUCCCCUGCAUCAAUGCAAUGCUUUCUCAUGGUGUUGAUGUUGCGGCAAUAGAUGCUUCAGGCCGAAGUGUGUUACAUCUCGCUGCUCGCAAUGGACAGCCGCUGUGUUUGCAACGGUUACUCCAGCAAAAUUGCCCUGUUGACAGUGUAGACCUUCGUGGCAGAUCUGCCCUUCACGAUGCAGCGGUGGCUGGCUGCCCAGCAUCUGUGAAGCUACUGUUGGACCAUGAGGCUGCUGUGAAUGUCAAGGACGGGGAUGGGCGGACUCCUCUUGUGCUGGCCACACACAUGUGCCAUCCAGAAGUCUGUCGGCUUUUACUAGAGCGUGGAGCAGAUAUCAACUCGAGAGAUAAGCAAAACAAGACUGCCUUGAUGGUGGGGUGUGAGAACGGUUGUAAGGAUGCAGUGGAAGUCCUCUUGAAUCGUGGUGCUGAUGUUACAUUGAUGGAUGACUAUGGUCACAAGAGUUUGCACUACGCUCAAAUGUCCAAAGACCCAGAGCUGUUGGCUUUGGCAAGAGCUGCAAUGGAGAAGAAAGCGAAAGCGAGAGAACCCAGCAUGAAGUCACAACAAGUGUCUCAGGCUCCUGAACUGCCACAGAAAGUAGAUCAAAGGCAUUUUCAAGCUGAAACCAGCUCAGUACAGAGUCAGAAAGAACAACGUAUUAUGAAGCAGGUCCAGGAACUUCAAAUUGAAAAUGAAGAACUCAAAGGCAAGUUGAAAAAGCUUCACCAAGAACAGAGGCUGUUCCUGGAGAGAGUCAGUGGACUUCAAAAGCAACUGAACCAGGAGUGCAAAGCAGUGGGAGACCUUCAGACUGAGAGACAGCAGCUGAAAAAUCUAUUGAUGGCAAGAGAUCGAGAACAGGAAGACAACUUGAAAGUACUUGAGAGUCUGAAAGCAAAGCUUAGAACUUAUGAGAGUGAGCGUACAUAUGAACAGAUGACUGCUGGUGUCCCAAUGGUGAAAGUGAAAGAAGAAAUGACUAUUAAGCAGGCCAGCUUCCCUGGUACAGAGUUACAGCAUUCUUCCAAAUCGGCAGCUGCACCAAGUGACGUUUUACUACCGGGUCAAAGCACAUCUGAUGCAAGUGAAAAUUUGAAAAAGGACUUGGAGAUGACGAGAAAAAGGUUGGAGAUGGCAAGGAAGGAGAUAAGCAGCCUCAAGCUGGAGCUGUCAGGAAGGAAUAAACAUUGUGAAGUCUUAAAGGACGAAUGCAACCGUGUGAAGCAGGAAUCGGAAGAGCAGAUAAAACAGCUGGAGGAUGCUUUAAGUGAAGUGCAGAAGCGAAUGUUUGAAUCGGAAGGAAAAGUGAAGCUCCUGCAAGCCCAUGUCAGCGCCCUCAAGGACCACCUUUCGAAACAGGGGUCUGCAGGAAACAAUCGUGUGGUGGAGGAGCUUAAAAGUCAGCUGAGGGAUGUGAAAUCAAAACACGGGGAAGCUUUGGCAGAGGUGGAGAGGCUCCAAAACCAAAUAAAACUUGGUGUUUUAUCAAUACAGGAAUCGGCUGAGGUUAAGGAAGUGGAUAGGUACAAGGAUGAGGUGAGGGGUCUUCAGGAGGCUUUAACUACAACAGAGCAAAAGAAGCAAGAAGCGGAGGGAAAGUUGAUCGGAAUGGAAAAUGAACUGAAGAACAUGAAAAAGAAGAUAUUGCAGUGCGUACCAGCUGAAGAGUUGGAGAAUAUUAGGAAUUCAUUCAUCAAGAGUUUGGAAGAGAAGGAAAAACAGGUGGUAGAAGAGAGGGAUAAGUAUGAACGAGCUCAGAAGGAAGUUGUCCAACUGCAGAAGGGCCUGGAGAGAGAGAAGGCUCAGGUAGCUGCAUGUGUGAAGAUUGAGCAGUAUCAGUUGUUAAAGAGCUCCUUUGACAAUCAGAGUGGGAAGCUAUCUGAUGUAGCCCAAAAGAAGCAACACCUGCAAAAGGAAAAUGAAGCUAUUCAACAGGAAAAUGUUCAUAUUAAAACCGAAUUGGAAGACUUGAAACAUAAGAUUCAAGCAGAGCAUGUACCUUUGAAAACACAUGAUAAGCUAAAGUCUUCAAUGAACGAAGCUGUUCAAGAACUGAACAAACAAAUUUCUGAGUUGUCACAAAGAUACAAGGAGGCUUUGAAAGAAACAGAAAGGUUGAAUGUUGAGAAGAAUGCAAUAAGUGAAAAUCUGAAUCAUGUGAAGACUUGGUAUGUAUCUCCUGAAAAGCACGAGGAGGAAAUAACGACUCUGAAUUCCAUUGUUGGUAAAUCGAAGAGGGAGUUGGAAGAACUCAACCAGAAAUACAGCCAGGCACAACAGCGGGCAGAAAAUAUAAUCAAAGAACUUGCAACCUUGAAAGACACUUUGAAGAAUCAAUAUGUGCCUCUGGAAAAACAUGAGGAGUUAAAAAAGAUGUUGAAUACUACUUCAGAAAAAGCUGCGUUGGAAUUAUCAGCAGCAACAAAGCAAUGCAGUGAAGUGCAGGGUGAGAUGGCAAGAGGUGAACAAGAAAAUAACCAGUUGAGAAAACAGCUAAUUGACCUUCAAGAUCAAAUGCAAAGAGAGUACAUAACCCUUCAGCAGCAUGAAGCAAUGAAGACUACCUUGAACACCAAAAUGGAGGAACAGCGGAACAAAGUUGAUGAGACUCUGCUGAAUUACAAGAAAACUCAAGAAGAAACAAUUGAGCUUCGCAAAGAAAAGGAAAACUUGUUGAAUGAGUUUCACAUACUACAAGAAUCCCUCAAGUCGCAGUUUGUUCCUGUGGAAAAUUAUGAAGAGAAGCAAAAUAAAUUUAAUGUCACUUUGAAAGAACUGAAGAAGCAAUUGGCAGAUAAGAGUCAGGAAUGCUCUAUAUUCCAGGAGGAAGCCAAGAAGUACAAGAAAGAGACUGAAGAGCUGAAGAAAACGGUUGGGCAUUUGGAAGAAAACUUGGAAAAGCAUUACAUUUCCAAAGAUAUAUACGAAGAGAUGGAAAGCAAGUUUGUUAAUGGUAUGGGUGAAAAGGAUGAGCAUGUGAAAAAAGUGAUGAGGAAGUAUGCAGAUGUUGAACUGCAAAGUGAACGAUCACAGGAGGAAAAUGCCAGGCUGCAAUCUGAUAUCCAGGCAUUAAAAGAGAGAAUACAGUCACAGUACAUUCCUGUUGAAGAGUUUGAGACAAUGAAAACAUCACUGAAUAACAGAGUUUUGGAGCUGCAGGAGGAAAAAGAGAAGAUGAAGAAUUCUUGUCUACAGGAGCAACAAAAAGUAGAAAACUUGCAGCUCCAAUUAGACAAUCAGAAGAAGAGUUCUCUACCACUUCUGCAGCAUACCCAGUUGAAAGAGAAGAUGGACAUGGAUAUUGUUAGGCUGAAGAACCAAUUGAAUGAAAAAGAGGAGGAAUUGAAAGGAAAGGUUGUAGAGCUUUCCAAGCUGCGAGCAGAUACUGAAGCCAUGAGUAGCACAAUUACAGAACUGAAAGCGAGAGAAGUGUUUGAUUUAUCAGAGCAUGAAGCAGUGAAGAGCUCAUUAGAGGUUCAAAUAAAUUCAUUAAACAAAGACUUGGCAGAGUUGAAAGAGAAGGAGGAGCAAAUGUGUACUGAAGUAUUACGUGCCAAAGAGAAAGAGCUAUCAGCAAAAGAUGAAAAGGAGACUUUCCAAUCGAGAUCCUUCAGCUUUGAACAAGAAAUUAAGGAACUUAAAAAUAAAUAUGAUGAAUCCAUGGCAACGAUCUGUGACCUACAAAAAAGUAUUCAGGAAUCUGCCAAACAAAUUGAGGCUAAAGAUAACAAGAUAACUGAGCUGUUAAAUGAUGUGGAGAGGCUAAAGCAAGCUUUGAAUGGCCUGUCGCAGCUUUCGUAUUCUGCUAAUAAUCCAAAGAGACCAAGCCAGCAGCUGGAGGCCCUCCAGGUUCAAAUCAAAGAUCUGCAGCAACAGCUGGCUGAUGCUGACAGGCAACACCGAGAGGUCAUUGCAAUCUAUCGAACACACCUGCUCAAUGCUGCUCAGGGUCACAUGGAUGAAGAUGUACAAGCUGCCUUGUUGCAAAUUAUUCGGAUGCGGCAAGAGUUUGUUUGCUAGCAGAAUUCCGGAGGCCAAAUAUUUACUAUUGCUGUGUUAAAAGCUGUAGUCAGACUACUUGAAGCUUUGCUGUAGCAUUUAUCCCAGUGGCCUAAAUUCUUCAUCUGUUUUUUUUUUCUCGCCCUUUUUAUAUAUGUAACCCACUUCCACUUCCAAUUCCCAUCUACCUACUUCUUAGCAAUUCCAAGUUUUCAUUUAAACACGGGAGCAUAAGAAGCAGUCUAGCUUAUUGGAACAUCACAAAAUAAAUUCUGCAGACUGAGGCAAAGUUCUCAUCUGAUGCCACCUGUUGAAAUGCAAACAUCCAUUGCCAAUUAUGUAGGUCAUGUCCCAAACUUGACUACCUGGGGAAUUUUGUACUUACAAAAGAUAUGCUUGUCCCUCCCAACUUAAGGUGUAGAGUCUGUGAUUCCACAUGUUAUUGGACCGACAUUGUACUCUGUUAUGGCAUUUAUGGAGCUGGAGUGUGAAAAGUUGAUGCAAAAUUCAACGACCAUUGUAAAAAAGAUUUUUUCUUUUGGAAAAAAGGACGAAAGUUGUAGCUCAUUUCGCCGGGUGGGGUUUCUGGGGUCCCAUGAGUUACGAAUCCACAAGAAGAUUUCCACACUUGUAACAAAUUUAAGAAUUUUUUUUUUACAUUCAGUCCAAAACUGCAAUGCCAAACAGCAAUGCAAGAAUUUGCUUUUUGUGUUUUAUGUACCAUAAGUAACGAUGGCUUGCCAUGGUAAUUUGGUGCAGUAGUGCAGCCUGACCCUUGACAUCUGGGUCGGCGUUUGGAGAGAUGUAGCUGUCAUUUUGUUUUGUUUUUUUGUGAAUUGGCUUCCUGGAAAAUUUAGUUGCUUUUCAAAAAAGCCAUCUUGAUUCCACCACUCCUCCACUUUGCGACAUGGAGACUGUUUUUGAGCAUAGGAAACAUCAGAACUUGGCAUGUCUGUGUUGAGACUUAAAAGGGAAAAGCCAGGUUAACUUUUGAGGUAAAAGCAAAAUACUGCAGAUGCUGGAAACCUGAAACAAAAACAGAAAAUGCUGGAAAAACUCAGCAGGCCUAGCAGCAUCUGUGGACAGAGAA